GGCGGCAUGCCUCGUGGUCAUACGCGCAUGCGUUAUUAUAAUUGAAAUAUACAAAAUGCAGCAAAAUCAGUUAUAUACUGUGGUUAGGAUACAGUUUAUAGCAAUACCCGACUCUGUCCCGACAGAGAUAUGUCGUUUUUGUGUCUUUACAUGAUACAAAUUCGACGAAUACUAGAUAUUUCCUAGACAUAAGUUUGCUAUAAAGUUUUCACUACUCAUUGCAGUUACCCGCAAAGAACAAUGGAUUUUGUAAAGGAAUUGUCGCAGGACAUCCCGGCCAAAUAUAGAGAAAAAGAAAAGGAAAAAUUACAAACAACAUUUAUGGAGGCAUCGGAGACAACUGGUUCGAAGGUAAAAGGAUGCGCUGAUAAAACAUCUACUGUCGCAGAGGAAUCUACAUCGAAUACACUUGACCAUAUAUCAAACGUAACCAAUUUUAUCGAUCAAUCUCCUUCCAAAAAAUGUUUUAAAAGAGAUAAACUUGAUGACACUGAGGAGAACUCGCUUCCUAAUGCUAUAAAAAAACCAGUAUCAAAUGCGAACCAAAACUCUCAGUUUUAUGAAGUUUCUACAUUCAGACGGUAUUUCGAAGAAAUACAGUAUGAAGAAUUAAAAACUGAGCCAUGUUUUGAAGAAAUACAAUCUGAAAGAUUAAAAACAGAACCAAACUUCGAAGAAAUAUCGUCUGAAAGAUUAAAAACAGAGCCUUGCUUCGAAGAAAUACAGUCUGAAAUAUUAAAAACAGAGCCACAUUUCGAACAAAUGCCAUGUGAAAGAUUAAAAACAGAGCAAUACUCCGAAGAAAUACCGUCUAAAAGAUUAAAAACAGAUACAUAUUUCGAAGAUGUAUCAUCUGAUAGUUCAGAAACAGAGUCAUAUUUCGAAGAAGUGCAGUCUGAAAAAUUAAAAACAGAAGAUGUCUCACCUAAAGAUCAAGAUAAUCCAUACAGAGACAUUGUUCUAUGGGAAAGACUGGGUGACCGGGUGAAUGAGUAUAUGAUGCUGAAAAUUUCAGCUGGUAUGUCUGGUAAAACCCUAAAGGUGAAGUACACUAAGACAGAAGAUAGCUGUGAAUGUUCUAUAUAUAUUGACUCAAAGAAAGUGAGUAGUGACUGGUGUUACAGUAAAACCAACAAAUUCAACAAACUAAUUAAAAGACCGGCCAGAACCUUGGCAGCCAUCACUGCUUUAGAAAAAUUACGAAAGUACUGCUAUACGGUCAAGGUUAAACAAGGCUUGGGUAUAGAUGUAGUUGUAACGGCAGUGGAAACAAAGAAGGAAUCGCUUCCCAACUACAAUUGGAAUGGAGCUAAUUCCAUUGAAACGAAAUUCAUGAUAGACUGGGCUGGGGAUGAUCUUAGAAAAUCAGAGCAAGAUACUAUGGAUCCCAUGUUUGCGAUAGUCGAGACACAAAUAAAUCAAGCAGUUCUUGGCUUAAAAACAAUCAAUUCUAACGUGUACAAAAUAAUAGCCCUAUGUCGAAGAGUGUUUAAACAUCUCUUACAAAAGAACGAUAUUUUGCAAAACGAUAUUGUGUUUCUGAACUUUCCUUCGGAAGACAGAGUGCUAAUUCGAAAAAUCGCACAAAGCAUAGGUCUAUCUGCACGUAAGCUUAAUAAGGAAAAAGAAAAACUGCUAGUCUCACGUAAAGUCAAUGCACAGAGUUUUAUCAAACAAUUGAUCAAACUUGGUGGAGUUACCAAGAAGUACGAGCUGGUGAAACCGACCGAUUUUUUAAAACAGUAUUUCGAAAAAUUACAGUCUAAAAAAUUAAAAACAGAGCCACAUUUUGAAGAAAUACAGCCUGAAAGAUUAAAAACAGAGGGAGAGAUCUCACUUGAAAAUCAAUAUAAUCCGUACAAGGACAUUGUUUUAUUGGAAAGACCGGGUGACAGUGUAUUUACUACGUUGGAAGUUUCAGCUUCUGUAUCUGGUAAAACCCUAGCGUGGCAUUACUGUCAGAAAGAAAAAGUGUGGGAAUGCUCUGUAAAUAUUAAAUCACAGAAAUUGCAGCAGAAAUUGAGUUGCAGCACCAGCUUAAGUCAAGGAGAGGCCAGAAUCUUAGCAGCCGACAGUGCAUUAGAAAAAUUACGAAAGUGCUGCUGUACGGUUAAAGUAAAUAAAUUAAAAACCGAGCCACACUUCGAAGAAAUGCCACCUAAACGAUUAAAAAUAGAGGCAGAUAUUUCACGUAAAGAUCAAGAUAAUCCGUACAGAGACAUUGUUCUAUGGGAUAGACUGAGUGAUAAUGCAUUUCAUACGCUGCAAAUUUCUGUUAGGUUAUCUGGCAAAGUCCUAAAGUGCAGUUACUCUACGAAAGAAAAUUGGUGGGAAUGCUGCUUGAAAAUUGGCUCACAGGAAUUGAGUUGUAGUACCAACUUAUCGUUAAGUAAACAAGAGGCCAGAACAUCAGCAGCCAAUGCUGCAUUAGAAAAAUUACGAAAGUACUGCUAUACGGUUAAAGUUACAGAAGGUUGGGGUAUAGAUCCAGUUGUAACAGCAGUGGAAAUAAAGAAGGAAUCGCUUCCCGACGACGAUUUGUCUGGUUCUAUACGCACUGAAAAGAAAUUGAUUGUGGACUGGCCCGGCGAUAGUUUUGGAAAAUCGGAUCAGGGUACCGUGGAACUCAUAUCUCCGAUAGUAGAGACACAAAUAAGCCAAGAAGGUUGUGACCAGAAAAUAAAAAAGAUGCACAAAAUAAUAGCUGUAUGUGAAAGACUCUUACAAACGGACAAUAUUUUGAAAUGCGACAUUGUGUUUCUGGACUUUCCUAAAGAGGACAGAACGCUGAUUUAUCAAAUCGCAGAAAAAAUGAACCUAAAUUCAUGUGCGAAGGAUGAAAGAAAAUUGAUAGUCUCACGUAAAGUCGAUAUAUGGCGUUUAGUCAAACAACUAAACAAGCUUGGUGGAAUCACCAAAAAGUACGAACUGGUGAAACCGGUGGACGAAAAAUUCGCUUCAUUGCCUACUUUCAUGGAUAUUUGAUACAUAAAAAAAAAGAUAUAUGUUCAAACGACGUCUUCUGUGAUAUUAAUGUAUCGGAGCUGCUUGGAUUAAAAUAAAUGGAUAACUUGUAUUCAGAA